GGUCUUACGUCCUCCAAAUCGGCCCGCGUGUUCAAGCCCGCGAAAGCUAAGGGUGGAUGCGAGUUGGAUACGUCCAAAACAGCCCUGGUCCUGAUCGAGUACCAGUAACUACGCCGCGCAGCAAUUUUCCUGAGCGCGCCGUUUUUUCCCGCGACCCGAGUCAGAUAUGGCGCGCGCGCCGCACGCCGUUACCCGCCGCACCCGCGCCCGUCACGCCGUCGUUAACGCGGCGCCAUCGACGCAGGAACGAGUUCACGACCGAGGGCGGCAAGCUGCACGGCGCCGUCGCCGAGUCCAUGAAGGAGACGGGUAUGCUUGAGAAGAGCGCGAAAGUGGUGGCCGCCGCGCGCGCCAAGGGCAUCACCGUGAUCCACGCGCCGAUCAUGUUCAAGGAGGACGCCUCGGACAGUUCGGCCUGUGUGGAAAACCGACGUCGCGUCGAUGGCGUGGGGCGUCCGAAAUCUAAUUUCCACACAGACCCGAACAAGUGCCUCGGCAUCCUCGCCGGCUGCGCCAAGGACCGUCUCUUCACGCAGGGCACGUGGAACGCGGACUUCCACGAAUCGAUGAAGCCACUCAAGGGCGACAUCGUCGUCAACGGCAAGCGGGGCCUCGACGGCUUCCCGGGCACGGACCUCGAGUCCCACCUCGUGAAGAAGAAGAUUGAAACUGUUGUCCUUUCUGGCUUCCUCACGAACUGCUGCGUGGAGUCUACGAUGCGCACGGCUUACGAGAAGGGGUUCAACACGAUCACGCUGACUGACUGCUGCGCGACGACGUCCGCCGAGGGGCACCGAGGCGCUACCGAGGGCACGUUCGGCAUGUUCUCGUCGCCGAUGACGGGCGAGGAGUUCCUCAAGAAGAUCAACGCCUAG